AUGUCACAGGCAGAGUCAAGUUCAAAUUCUUUGAAUGAAGUUGCGGAAAAGGAAGGAGAAUUUCCAAUUGAGAGUAUCUUUCAUCCAAAUAGGUUGAAACAUUUUAAGUUCCUUUGUAUCCUUACUGCUUUAGCGCUAGACUUUAUGUCUCUAGGAGCAAUGAUUGUCCUAGUUCAGGACGUGGAAAAACGAUUUAACAUUUCAGCUACUAAAGCUAGUUGGUCAUUAACUUCAUACGUUAUCACUUUCGCUGGUUUCAUAGCAUUUUUCGGACGUGUAGGGGACAUUGUUGGCAAUGGUAUGAUGAUGUCAAUCUCAAUAGGAGUGUUCGGUAUCUGUUCUUUGUUAUGUGCAGUUAUUCCAAACUUCGUAGGAUUUGCAGUAUUCCGCGCUUUCCAAGGUAUGGCUGGUGCUGGUAUUGUCCCAUGUUCAUAUGCACUCGUUAAUAGCAUGUUUGCUGGUGAGAAUCUACAGAGAUAUUUCUCAAUUCUAUCAAGCAUAGGAUCCGGUACAAUAGGAGUUGGAUUCGUUAUUGGCGGAGCUUUUGCAGAAACUAAGAUAGGGUAUAAAGCCCUUUUCUAUAUGGUAUUCGGCGCAUCAAUCUUAACCUGUAUGCUCAUAUUGUUAUUAAUAGGUUAUCCAGAAUAUGUUAGAGUUAAAUCCGACUACUCAGCUAGAUUCAAAAAGGUAACCAAGCUUGAUGUUAUCGGGAGCUUCACGUUUAUAAGUGGUAGUGUGUUAUUAGUGGUAGCGUUGACGGAUGGCGGAGACUCUUGGAAGAAACCCUCUGCAUACGUUCCUUUAGUUAUUUCAAUUAUUUUGAUGGCGGCAUUCUUUGCUUGGAAUUUGGGUUAUCAAAAAGUUUUAAGUUUAUUGAAACCACACAUUUCAACGGGUGCGUACAAAUAUAUGGAGAGCGUCAGUGUAUUGAUUCCCAAAGAGUUACUAUACGCACAUAAUUUUGCACCCGUGCUACUUGUAUCCUUCUUUGCCUUUGCAGCAUUUAUGGUCGUGAUGUAUACCGUAGUGAAUUAUUCUAUCUCGGUAGAGGGUGAUGCAGUGAUUGUGGCAGCGGUAAAGAUCAUGCCGCUAAUUGUAGGUCUAAUGCUUGCAAAUACGACAAUUGCAUUGCACCAAACAAUUUUAAAGCCAAAGAAUGGCCUUAUCGUAGGAACAUUUGUUUGUACUCUUGGGUGUGCCUUUUUAACUGCUCUCAAGGAAGUGAAUGGGAACUUGUACUGGAAACUUCUAUUGUUAAGUGCAUUUUUGGCUGGUGUUGGAGGAGCGGUGUAUUUCUCAUACAUGUUGUCCAUGGCAAUUGGGGACGCCCCUAUGGAAUACAAAGCUCUUGCGGGUGGUGUUGUGCAGACAGCCUCACAAUUUGGGAACGAGGUUGCGUUGUCAGUAAUAGUCUCUUUAUUGGGUAAUGGUAAAACCAACAGAAAAGAGCUAAGAAGAAGGUAUCAGAAUGUGGGAUAUUUCGCCAUUGCAUGUGCAGCUAUGGCGUUUAUAAGCGCGAUAACCACGCUUAGAGAUCAGCUAGAGCCAAGUGGCGAUGAGGAACAGCAAAAUGCAUCAGUGCAUAGUGUAAAAGGUUGUGAAUCCGACGAAUCUACCACGCAUCAACAAUGUCAGGUAACAGUAGUGCAAGUGGGGUUUGAAGAAGAUGAAAAGAUGAAAAGCCAGCCUGGUAGGAUUGCUUAG